AAAACAGCAAAAAAUAUUUUGUGUUAUGAACUGAAGUUUUGUGUGUAAAAAUUGCUCUGAAAAGUAAUAUAUUUUCAAGAAAAUAUAUAAUUACAGAAUAUUAAAGUUUAUGUGGACUUCUGGAUGAUCUCUUCACUAUACCAGUAUUGAUUGAACCGUAGAAAAAUCAUCAAUCCACCAUGGGUCGUGUAAUGAUCAAAGGCGGUGUUUGGCGGAACACCGAAGAUGAAAUCCUUAAAGCCGCCGUGAUGAAAUAUGGUAAAAACCAAUGGUCUCGUAUAGCUUCCCUUCUGCAUAGAAAAUCCGCCAAGCAAUGCAAAGCUCGUUGGUUCGAGUGGCUGGAUCCGAGUAUCAAGAAAACCGAAUGGAGUCGCGAAGAAGAUGAGAAAUUACUUCAUAUGGCCAAGCUUAUGCCAACUCAGUGGCGUACGAUUUCUCAAAUCAUAGGACGAACUGCGGCACAAUGUUUAGAACGUUACGAAACACUGCUGGACUUGGCUCAAAAAAAGGAAGAAGGAGAAACCGGCGAUGAUCUUAGGAAAUUGAAACCAGGAGAAAUCGAUCCUAACCCGGAAACAAAACCGGCGCGUCCUGAUCCCAAAGAUAUGGACGAAGAUGAACUGGAGAUGUUAUCCGAAGCAAGAGCUCGUCUAGCUAACACUCAGGGUAAGAAAGCCAAAAGAAAAGCUCGUGAGAAACAGCUCGAAGAAGCCAGACGUUUAGCAGCUUUGCAGAAACGAAGAGAAUUACGUGCAGCCGGCAUCCAUACUUAUAAUCGGAAUAGAAGGAAACGUGGAAUAGACUACAACGCUGAAAUUCCUUUCGAGAAGAAACCAGCUUCUGGUUUUUACGACACCUCUGAAGAAGUAAUAGAUCCAUUUGCUCCAAAUUUCAAACGUUUACGUCAGCAGAAUUUAGAUGGUGAAAUGCGAGCUGAAAAAGAAGAACGAGAACGACAAAAAGACCGUCAAAAAAUGAAGGAGAAAAAAGAGAAUGAUAUGCCUUCCAGUAUGUUGAACCAGGACGCUCCUAGAAAAUUCAGUAAACUUGUGUUACCCGAACCACAAAUGAGCACUCAAGAAGUGCAUCAAGCUUUCCAACCUCAAAAACCUCCUGAAAUCGUUGAAGAAGUAAUGGAAGUAGAUCAAGCGGAAAUUGAUCAAAAAGCAAGAGAAGAAGAAGCUCGUAGAAUGGAACUUGAAUUUAAACGAAGAUCUCAAGUAAUUCAACGCAGUUUACCCCGCCCCAUCGACGUUACCGUCCCAAUUCGAAAAAAUGACCCUAAUCUCACCGAUUUACAAAAGGCCGAAGAAUUAAUAAAAGAAGAGAUGAUAAAGAUGCUGCAUUACGACGCCAUUCACAGUCCUUUAGAAAACGACACCAUGGCGUUGAAUGACCACACCUCUUAUCUUGAAAGACAUCCUUACGAACGUUUCACUGACGACGAAAUAGAAAACACCAAGGAAUUAUUGAAAAAAGAAAUGGAUGUAGUGAAAGCUGGUAUGAGUCACGGCGAGCUUCCAAUAGACGCUUAUACCCAAGUAUGGGACGAAUGUUUAUCUCAGAUUUUAUACAUUCCUAGUCAAGGAAGAUACACUAGAGCUAAUUUAGUGCCUAAAAACGAAAGAAUAAAAUCAUUAGAAAAACAACUAGAGCUGAAUCGAAAUCUAAUGAGUAAAGAGGCGAAACGUGCAGCCAAACUAGAACGUAAAUUAAAAGUACUACUCGGAGGAUAUAUGUCAAAAGUGAACGCAUCGACAAAACAAUUCAACGAAAUCCAAGAUCAAAUAGAGAAAGCUCAAAUAGAAUUAUCCACGUUUAAGCAUUUACAAAAACAAGAAGAAAUAGCUGCUUCGAGAAGACUUCAGGCUAUGGACGAAUUAGUGAAAAAAGAAAUGGAUAGAGAAUCGGAAUUACAGCGGAGAUAUUUAGAAUUACGUCAAGAACUCCAAGAAUUGGAAGUUUAAUCGUUGAGAAAACAAUACUUCGUGACGAUACUCGAAUUCGACGUAUCAAUAUUCCCUUCCUUGAUGGAUGUUUCAAAAUAGACCUCUUAUCCUGUUUUUUUUGACGAUACAAAUUGAACGAACGUGCCAAACUCUAUCUUCACGAACGUUGCUGAAAGUAUUUUUCUACAUUUUUAAUCGCAUUCCGUGUAGAUUAAACAGAAAGAAAAAAUAAUGUCGAAUACUAAAUAACUUUUAUUAGAAACGAUGUAUAUAAAUUAAAUAAUAAGUUAUAAUCAUG